AUGAAGGCGUUCUCGACACUCACAGCAGUCUUGUUGGCACUAGUGGCGCUUCUCAGCUUCGCCUCGGCUGAGUCUUUCGACAUCAAAUACUCGGUCCAAGACAAGGCCCUCAUCACCCCCAAGUCACACCCCUCUCUGUUCUCCUUCACAGGCCGGUGGUACAAGCGAAGAGACACAUUCAUUGCCUCUAACUGGCCCGGCACCUAUGUGUCAGCUCUUGUCUAUGGCAAGAACGUGACGCUCAUUCUCAAGCCCCUCAAUACCGGUAAGGUGACUAAUCACAAGUUCUCCUACUCCAUCGACAAGGGCCGCAUCCAGGAGGCUGCCAUUCAGGAGUACGACUCUGGCAUUUCGUCUACCCUGGAACUCACUCUAUCCGUGCCUGAAACUAGCCAGCCCGAUAAGAAUGUGUUGGUGCCCCGUCUGCUGACCAUCUACUCGCACGCCGAAACGCCCCUGCGUCUGCACGGCCUCUACAUGGGCAAUGUAGUGAUUAACGAGGGCAAGAACUGGGCCGAGACGCAGCACGAUAUUCCCCGAAUUGAGUUCGUGUCCAACUACAACACUUCUCUCGCCACUCCCAACAUCUUCAAGGAGCUGGCAUUUACUGUCCCCGAGCAGCUGGGGGUGCACCAUUCGCACGUGACCGCCGACAUUUGUCUCGCCCCCGACUGCUAUCCCAACAAGUACGCCAUGAUGGAGCAGUACUUCUACUUCCAUUACUUUGACGGCGUACGGCCCAAGCGGGGAGUGGAUCCCAAACCCGCGUUUUUCCAAUUUGACCGGGAGGACGUGUUUUUGCCGCUCAACGAGCCCCAAGUAAUUGUGGUGGACAUUGGAGACAUGGACAUGAAGAAGAACAUUGAUCUGGUCACAUUUGGCGAAGAUUUCAAGAAGUUCCUCGCCUCAAUCAUGGUUCAGGCCUACCACAACAUCAACCACAUUUUUGUGCUGGUCAAGCCUGGCCGUUACGAGCAGGCCACCUACAAGGCCAUUGAGGAGAUUCCCUCAAGCCGAAUCACCCCCGUGUACUACGCCCGAGAGACCCCCGACUGGUGGAAGGGCUUCAUGUGCUCCAACGUGAUCCCCGCCACCGGCAAGCCGUUCCCCUACGACUCGCUGUGUGGCAACAAGAGCUUUACCUUUUCCACCAAGGGUGUGCUUGGCCACUCCAACGUGUGGAUCAUGCUUGCAGGCAUUAUUGCUAUUUCCGGUGGUGGAUUUUACUUCAUCAAGAAGCGGGGAGGCAUUUACCAAGGUCUUCCUGUUUCCAAGCAGGAUAAGUAA